AUGGCAUCAUACAGGUCGAAGUCUCCAUCGACCCCUUCUGAGGGUGAGAUUAUCGAAUCAGGUUCGGAGACGAAGGCAACUACGUCAAAAACUUCUCUUAAUGGCACCAGCGUUGACCGUCAAACCAGAGUUAGUACCUCUUCGGCGCCCAGGUCCCGAUCGCCAGCAUCCCUGAGUACCAGUCGAUCGCCACGCCGGCGAAGAUCCAGAUCUAGAACGUCACGAUCAUCGAGAAGCCGUUCCCGUUCCCCUUAUCGAAGCUACAGAGGUCAUAAGCGCAGACGGGAGGAUGAUUAUUAUGACGACAGACGAUACUAUCGGCAGGAACCGCCACCACGACAGCGCGCCGGACAGAGGUAUGAUGAUAGGUAUCAUAGACGAUCCAACUCCUACUACGAUUAUGAUCGGGAAGAAGGGUAUGGCGGUGGCCUGAAAUACACGGACGACUAUGACCGUCGUGAUGAGAAGAGGCAUCGUACCCGGAGUCGAUCCCCAUACCGCGAUUCGUACCACGAGGUUCGGAGACCCAAGCAGUAUUCCGGUGAUGAAUGGAAUGGGAGCACAGGCCCGCGAGGCCUCAGAGAACGAAAUUCACCUACUGAACAGUUAGUGAGCGAACGAGGAAGCGUUCCAGUCGUCGCUCAGACUUCUAAACAAGAUGCUGAAUUUCGGGAGAACCAGGUGCAGCAACAGGCCUCUCAUGCCAGUUCUCGUGUUGUAGAUAGUGUGCCCACUGAACAACAGGAACAGCAACCUGCUGAGGCAGUCGACGAAGCAGCUCAACUGGAAGCCCGCCGGAAACGACGUGAAGCCAUCAGAGCGAAAUACAAAAGUCAGGCUACGCCUUUACAUCUGCAGGCAGUCCAUGCUGGGGAUUCCGACUCCUCGACACCAGGCGCAGAUUCGAAUCGUGCCAGUGCAAGCCAGACUGCAUCCGUUUCUCCUCAGUUAACCCCCGUUCAGACGCCCAAUGAAAACACGGCAGACCCUCCAGAUUUUAACGUUGGCAAAGAUGCUGAUCUUAUUAACGACUCUGCACCUGUAGAUGGUGCUGAAAAAGACGAACCUUCGGCGGCAGACUACGACCCGACCCUUGAUAUGAAAGAAGAUCGAGAGAAACAAGGUCCUGGUCAGGAAACAUCAUCGGCCGCGUACGACGAAACGCAGCCUGGUAAGCAGGAUAUUCUAAUGCCCGAUGCGACUGAGAAACCGCCUGCGCCGGCCAAGAUGAAAGAUCCCUACGACAUGUUUGCAGAUGACGACGACGAUGAUAUGUUUGCCGAGGAAACACAGGAACCGACAAAAUCGGCGCAUGCAGCGGCUGUACCACAACCGCGGGAGCUAGACAUCAGCAUGAUGGACAACUGGGACGACCCUGAAGGGUAUUACAAUGUUCGACUUGGUGAGCUGAUCAACGGCCGCUACCAUGUGCAGCAGAAUUUGGGCAAGGGUAUGUUUUCAUCUGUUGUGCGCGCUACAGAUUCCAAGACGGGCGGACUUGUCGCAGUCAAGAUAAUUCGACAGAAUGACACGAUGAGGAAGGCGGGUAUGAAAGAGAUUGGCAUUCUGGAACAGCUGAAGGAGGCGGACCCUGAGGACAAGAAGCACAUGAUCAAGUUCGUGCGGUACUUUGACCACAAGGGCCACCUGUGCAUGGUGUUCGAGAAUCUCAGCAUGAACCUGCGAGAGGUAUUGAAGAAGUUUGGACGCGAUGUGGGCCUCAAUCUCCGAGCCAUCCGGGCAUAUGCGCACCAGAUCUUUCUUGGGCUGAGCCUGAUGCGCAAGUGCAACAUUCUGCAUGCAGAUCUGAAACCGGACAAUCUCCUAGUGAAUGAGCAACGCAAUGUUCUUAAAGUGUGCGACCUGGGAUCGGCGUCGCCGGUGUCCGACAACGAAAUCACACCGUACCUGGUCAGCCGAUUCUACCGGGCGCCGGAGAUUAUCCUCGGGAUACCCUACGACUACGGAAUCGACAUGUGGUCGAUUGGCUGUACGCUCUUUGAGCUGUACACGGGUAAAAUUCUGUUUACGGGCCGAAACAACAAUCAGAUGCUACGGUCCAUCAUGGAAUGCCGUGGCAAAUACCCGCCGAAGUUGCUGCGACGGGGCACUUUGGCGUACCUGCACUUUGACGACACGCUCAAUUUCCGGAGCACGGAAGAGGACAAGGUGACAGGGCGAAUUGUGACGCGGGUGCUGGAUUUCAAGAAGCCGACGCGGGAUCUCAAGACGAGGUUAAUUGGCCAUGACACGAGGCUGAGUGACGGGGAGGCAAAGGAGCUGAAUUUGUUUGUGGAUCUGUUGGAGCGGUGCCUGAGCCUGAAUCCGGAGAAACGGUGCACGCCGGCGGAGGCGUUGCGACAUCCGUUUAUUUUGCGGCCUAAGAAUUGA